CUGUGUUAUAAAAUCCCCAAAUCUGCCCUCAUGCGUUUCUCUUUUUGAAUUCAACCAACAUUUUCAUGCUUUAGUUCUCCCAUCCUUCUAUCUCCCAACCAUUAGCGAUGCCGCCGGAACACCGUAUCCUCGCCCUAGUCUACCAGGACUUCGAAGCCUUGGACCUCUUCGGGCCAUUAGGCGCCAUCGUCCCCCGUAGCGACUACUACACACUACAGCUAGUCAAUGUGCACAACCUGCCGGCCCCACAGGGUCUCGAAACCUCUAUCAAAAAUAGCAUCGCAGUGAUUCCCAACCUCUUGAUCGCGGAUGCCCUGAAAGAUACCGAACACUUCGACACUCUGUUCAUCCCGGGAGGCCUUAGCAUGAUACAUCUACUAGAUGAUCCAAUGCUUCUCAAGAAGAUCGGCCACUUGGUGGAUCGGGCACCGAAUGUCUUCACUGUGUGCACAGGAUCAUUGAUUCUUGCUGCAACGGGCCGGUUGAAUGGACGCGAGGCAACUUGUAACAAGCGCAUCUUUGAUGAAAUGACUCCGAAGUAUCCCGGUGUCAAGUGGAAGAAACAAGCUCGUUGGGUGGAGGAUGGCAAGUUCCUCACAUCGUCUGGUAUCACCGCUGGUAUUGAUGCUGGCUUCGCUUUUCUGGCCAAGACAUAUCUUGCUCCAGAAUGUCGCAAUUCUGUCAAGCAAGUAUCCCGUCCAGAUGGGGAGGAGGCUAUUUUGUUGAGAUUUGACAAGGAGAAAGCUCUGGAACAUGCUCGGUCUGUUGCUUGGAGUUUGGAGUACCAAUGGAACGAGGAUCCCACCAAUGAUCCCUUCUGUGGAGAAACCGUUUCAUGAACGGUUGUGCAUGAUGAGUCCUGAUAUCCUUGAACCAAGAGAUCACGUAAAAUAUAAC